AUGGCAGCCAUGGAAGAGGCGAAUUGCGAUUGUUCGCAGUCCCGUUCCCAAUCCUCGAACAAUAACAGGGCUUCAUCUUUGAACCAGACUUCCGAGGAGGAUAAUCAAGAAGGAAGCAGUGCUCAGGUUCAAUUGCCGUGUUCGAUUUGUGAAGAAGAAAACCACGAAAAAUCAGUCUCUGGUUCUUCGCCUCAGAUUCCAGAAGCAGGCCUCGGCAAUGGCGGCAAUGAUUCGUCAAAGAAUCCGGAAGCAGGGACUGUAUCAUCAAUCAAGACCAAGAUGAACAGCUGGAUUGAUACAUUAAAAGGAACAACCCCGCAAUCAGAGGUAAGCCUUAAUGUCCAGUAUGCUGUUGAACCCAGUGCAGACGAGCCACCAAAAUCAGGUAUCCCACCAUCUAUUGAUUUUGAUGAUAUUAUUGAUGAAAUUGUCUACUGGGAAUCUGCCAUGAUAUGUUACGUAUUGGGCGCAAACCCCCCGCUCAAAGUUAUGGAGGGCUUUGUUCAUAGAAAGUGGAAACUCCAGGGUCUUGACAAAUUGGUUGGAAUCGGGAAGGGGGUAUUCUUAGCGCGAUUCCAUGAUAAAGAUAACAUGCUUAAGGUAUAUAAUGGUGAUCAUAUCUUCUUUGAUUCAAAACCUUUGAUCAUGAAACCUUGGACCCCUGACAUAGAUGUCAUGAAGGAUGAUGUUAAAACUGUACCCAUGUGGAUCAAACUCCCUGGACUAGACCUGAAAUACUGGGGUGUUAAGGCCUUGACGAAAAUAUGUAGUGGUGUGGGAAAAUUUAUCAAACCAGAUAACCCCACACUCGACAAGGACAAGUUGCAGUUUGCCCGUGUUCUUAUUGAAACUGAGUUGGACGCCCCUUUGCCUGAUUCUAUUACCUUCAUUAAUGAAAAAGGUAACACUAUUACUCAGGUUAUUAAAUACGAUUGGAAGCCUACUGUUUGUACCAGCUAUAAAGGAUUUGGUCACGAAGGGAAAAACUGUAGGAGAGGGACAACAGCCAUUGUUAAACGAUGGAUUCCAAAGGUCAAACAAACAGAACCUCCUUCUCAACCACAGCAAUUGACUCAGCAACAGAAUCAGCGGUCUAAUGAUCUUGAAGACGAGGGUUUCACUCCUAUCAAGCGAAAACCUCCAACACCACAGAAACUGACCGACCCUAGUACUGAUGGUAGCCUUCCCAUGAAUAACAAAUUUGCCUUGCUGACAGGGGGAAAUACAGAGGAGCUUGUAACUUUGGAUGCUGCUUCCAUGCCUAAGAUUAAUGACACUCAUGGGGGAAUGGAUUGCCCCCUUGUUGAGAAUGGAUAA